UGAAUACCAGUUUGUGCUGAGCAGACUGCAGUGACUCUGGAGCACAAUUAAUAAGGCAGUGUAUGGUGACAGAGCCUCGGCACAAACCCAGCAUACCCAGCCUUUCUUCAACAACAUCUACUAUCCUUUAUCCUCACUUCAGAGGUCACCAAGGUUUCUGAAGAUGCCAGGACACGUUAAUUCUCCAGUGCUCUACCAAUCUAGAGUGCAAAUGCCAUUAUCACCAAAAGGCAGCCUUAUUCAGAGUUUUAGGUUCCAAACACGUAGGGAUGGGAUUGACUGGAGGCGUUUUAGUGCUAUUGAUGUGGACAGGGUUGCUCGUGAACUGGAUAUAUCUACUCUGCAAGACAGCAUCAGUUCUAUUACCUUCUGUAACCUAGAUAGUGAGAGAUGCCCAUACUGCCAGCAACCAGUGGACCCUGUUUUGUUGAAAGUCUUGAAGAUGGCACAGUUUAUUAUUGAAUAUCUUCUUCAUUGCCAAGAGUGCUUGAGCAGUAACAUAGCACUGCUUGAGGAACGUAUAGAAGAAGCUGUAUUAGAACAGCAAAAAACUAAAGAAGAACUAAUCAAGCAGGGUGAGGAACUCAAGAAAAUUAAGGAGGAGAGCAAGAGGAGGAAGAAAUUAAUAAGCACCCAGCAGAUGCUGUUGCAGGCUGGUGCUAAUAACUACCAUAAGUGCCAGCAAUGUGACAAGAGCUUUAUGAAUUACUCAUACCUUCAAGGACACAUUCAGAGAAGACAUCCAGAGAUCACAGAGACUGAGAGACAGAAGAAGAAGCAGGUAGAGCAGAUGGAAGUUGGCAUUGAGGACCUGAAGUCCAGGCUGCAGAAUACACAGUUUCAGCUGGAAGCCGAACGAGAAAUGGAGAACCGAAGAAGAAUGCAGGAGCUAGAAGAAGCUAGACUUCGGGAGGAAAAUUUAAAGAGAGACUUUGAGAGAUGGAAAGAAGAAGAGAAAAUAAAAAUCCAAGAUGAAAUGGAGAAAAUGAGACAACAGUUCUUGUCUCAGAUUGAAGAUAUAACACUGAAAAACUCUACAAUUGAAAAUAGGUUUAAGGACUUAAUCAAUCAGAAAACCGUGACUUCCAAUCUCGGUGAUCUAAUGGAUGAGGAAGACCGUCGUGAGAGGCAGAAGAUGCAGCAGGAGCUAAGAAUCCUGAGAGAUGAUCUGGAAAGACAGCAAAGUGAAUGGAAAGGGACUUUGAAGGAGACACGGAAAGAGCACAGCAUGGAGAAGAAGGAGCUUAUCAAUGAGAACAAGAGACUGAAAGCUUCUAUGUCCAGUGAUCAACGUAUAGCAAAUCAGCAGUUUGAAGUCCAAAUGGAGACCCUCAUGUCUAAGAUAGAAGCUCAGAAAAAUCUCAUUAAGUCCCAGGAGAAAAAGAUCAAAGAACUGACCACAUUCAGGGAAGUGCCACAAGUGGUCCUUCCAGUUGGAGGAGCAAAAGAUGAAUCAAGUGAAGAAGAGACUGAUGAAUCUCCAGACCUGAGAAACAUUGAGGCCUUAAGAAGGGACCCAGGUUUCAUCAGACAGUUCCGCCCAAUAUUGGAAGAAGCCUUAAUAGAGAAGCUUGAAAGCAUGGGUGUCAAAAAGGGUGCAAAGGGAGUAUCUCCGCCAAUGUACAAAACGUUGAAAGCCCUCCUGGCCACCCAGAUGCAGCAGAAAGUGAAUAGAUAUCCUGAAAUUGAAGCAAUUAAAGCUAAGCUUGGUAAAGUACUUACCAGAAGAGUGAAACAGUGGAGGAAGAAUGAAGACACUCUCCAGACCAACUCUUCUAAGCUGACCAGUCAGAAUUCAAAAAGUUUCCAAAGACAGUAUGUCAAAGAAAAGGGUGUGCAUCCUGUUGAGCAGGUCAAUCCGCAACCCAAGAAUAUGGUUAUUGUUGAAUCACGUCAACCUCCCACCAAGGCGCCUGUACCUUCCCCAAGAAGAAAAGUAAUGGGACAGCAGAAUGAAUCUAGAAUCACUAAUGUUGCUGCACCCUUUUCACCAAGAACUCCUCCCUUUACUUCAGAAGAUGACUACUCAGUGAUGGACCAUUCAUCUUUUCACACCCCUAAACACAAGUCCACUCCAGAGUCUCUGACAACACCCAGGCUGCAGAAGCAGACAGAAGUGUAUAGUGAUGAGGACUCCUCGUUUGAUUCAGACACAUCACUUGAGAAGCCUAGUCCUAGAUCUGUGACAUUUUCAACAGAAAUGUCAAAUCAAGGCUCACUGGUACAGUCCAUGGCACGAAGUUUAGAAAGACAGUUGUCCAAACCCAGACAGAAGCCAGUUGGGGGUGUGGAAACUGUCACUUCCAAGCCCAUGAAAUCAAUAAACACCCCCAAAAAGACAGAGGAAAUGCACCUAUCAGACUUAAGUGACUCUGAGAUCUCCUCCUUUGAUGAAAUCACAGAGAAUCUUGGCACUGGUGAUCGAAAGCCACAACCUAUCCUACGGCAGAGCGCAGAUUCUACAGGUUCACGAAGCACCAGCGUGUGGAGCUCAGAUAGCAUCAGAGCUGGGGGCUGGUAAUAAGUGAGGUUCUGAAGAUAACAGAUAGGAAUGAUGUGCCUCUCAGUACUUAACACUUUGUUUUACACCACAACUUAGAGCUCUUCCAUCCAUUUACUGAUUAAACACAUUGCAUGGAUAUGGAUCAUCUGAAUUUGUGAAAGCACCACUGACUAUCAUAAAUCCGAAGGAUUCUUUCAAAAUACUGU